GAAGACGACUUCUACUGGCGAAAAUUGAUUUAUGCAAUGGAUCCAAAAUCCUCUAGUCUCUACUAAUCAAAGACGAAAAGAUACAACAAAGUUGCUGACUUCAGAGACGUUAAACUUCCAGAGAUAGAAUGAAAAUUCAAUAUAAAAUGCGUUAUAAAAGAAAUCCUCUCUGGCUUUAUGCUUUCAAACCAAUGAUGUAUUGUUUCAAACGUUUUCCGUAUCGUCUUUUUGAUUAUUUUGGUCUGGCCCAGGCAUGGAGCUAGAUAGCAAUUUGCUAGUUGCUACGGGGAAGUGGGGAAGGGAUUGAAAACGGUGUAACUUCAGAUAGAGUUUGUACGAUGGCAUCGCAGCCUCCUCCUAAACCGUGGGAAAGGCGGAUUCCAGGAGCAGCCAUGAGUGCACCAGUCAACUAUCGAUCGACUGACUUUGCCCCACCAGGUCCCUCCACCUUCGGCCUCUCUGGCCCCGCCGGCCCUCCCGUCUUGACCCGCAUGGUGCCCCCGGUCCCCCCUCGCCCUGUCCAGUCUGUCCAGUCCUACCGUCCCUCCUACGGCUCCUUCCCCGGCUCCUCAUACAGCCCCUACGGUAGCGCCAGCCUCUAUGGUGGAGGCUACAGCCCCUACAGUGGUGGCUACGGCAUGGGAGGGGGGCUCGGUGGCGGCCUUGGUGGGAGCCUGGGAUACAGCCGCUUCGGCCAAACCGGUGGUGAAGAUGUGGCGCCCAGUCGGUUUGUCCAACAGGCAGAGGAGAGCAGCCGCGGCGCCUUCCAGUCCAUCGAGAGCAUCGUCCAGGCCUUCACCUCGGUCAGCAUGAUGAUGGACGCCACAUUCUCAGCCGUCUACAACAGCUUCCGAGCCGUGCUGGAUGUAGCCAACCACCUGACACGGUUACGGAUGCACUUUACCAAGGUUCUGUCGGCCUUCGCCCUGGUGCGUACUCUGCGCUACCUGUACCGCCGCAUACAGAGGAUGCUGGGGCUGAGGCGGGACGGUGAGGUGGAGGACCUGUGGGCAGACAGUGAAGGAGCUGCUCUGGCGACUAGAGGGUCUGGAGCCGCAAUGGAAGACCCCAUUGCCGGAGCGGUCAAGUCUUGGCCCAUCUUCCUGUUUCUGGCCGUGGUCCUAGGAGGGCCCUAUCUCAUCUGGAAGCUGCUGAGCUCCGCCCAGGGGCCCGAGGAGAGCGUCACCAACUGGGCUAGUGGGGAGGAUGACCAUGUGGUUGCCAGGGCGGAGUAUGACUUCACAGCUGCGUCGGAGGAGGAGCUCUCGCUGAAUGCUGGAGACAUGCUCAACCUGGCUCCUAAAGAGCAACAGCCCAGGGUACGUGGGUGGCUGCUGGCCAGCGUGGACGGCCAGACCACGGGCCUCAUCCCUGCCAACUACGUCAAGGUCCUGGGGAAGAGGAGAGGCAGGAAGCACGCUGAGCUGGAGAGGCUGGCCCAGGUUCAGGCCCAGCCAGGGAACCCACUGGGCACCACCCUCCAAGCCCCCCAGCCUAACCUGGCUACGGGCCCAGUGCCAACUGUAGCCCCAGGCUUGGUUUCAGGCCUAGGCCCAGCCGGAUCCGUCCCAGUAACUAUCCCAGAGGAGCUGCUGGAGUGCGUGUAUAGGGAAACACCAGCCGUUUACAGCAGCCUGGGUCUGGGGGGACCCCGGAGUCUGGGUGUAGUGCCCAGCACCAGUACAGCUUCAAGCACAGUGCUCACCAUACCAGAGAAGAUUGACCUGUGAUGUCUGACUUUGUGUGUUUUCACACACAUCCGUUGAGGCUGUAUGUGGUUUGUUGAUGAACUGUUCGGUGUAGCUCGGUCACGUCCAGCGGUGGGAAACCAGUUGCUCUUCAUCCAGAGGCUGAUUCAUGUUUAUAAUUCAGUGGGUUUGGUUUUACGUUUCAUCUGCCUGUAAGCAAUUAGUGAGGUUGGUAUAUGAGGUAUUAAGUACCUGGAUAAAGGAAAAGUGGGUAUCUGUCAGAUAUACUUGACAUGAGUGUUUGGAGAACACUAUCUGGUUUGGGUGUCAUGUCAGUGGGUGUCCAUACCAGCCUAUACCUAUCCUACUAGCCUAGUCAGUGCUGUCACACUAUGUUUUAGCCCAAUAAUGAUGCAUAUGUAAAUGUUUUUGAUAUAGAUGUAUUUAAUUAACAGUCAAUAACCGGAACGAGUACAUUAAAAUCAAAUUAAGUGCGCUAAUAGAUUAUGCAAAUAGUUGGGAGAAUAUUGCAUCGUUUUGACGUUGACAGGACAAAG